AUGGUUGCGCGUCGAAAACUCGAGCCCGGGGAUUCGGCGCGAUUCUACAGUUUUCCGUCCAAUCCUACCCGGAAUAUUAUGCGAUGCGUUUUGGUCAUUGUGAUUGUCACGACUUUUGAUGGUCCACCGAUCGCGAUUGUGCCGUCCAAGUCUCCGGAACACGCUGUGCGUGAAAAACUGGUUUCGCUGCGCCACCGAGACGAGUGUAGACCGACUGCCGUGUCUUCCGCGCUGCUGUCUGUUUCGCCAGGUAGGUUUUUACACGAUAAUAAAUUGCUACGGAUUCCUUCCGAAUACUCUUACUACUUAGACGAGUAG